AUGGUUAGUGGACUUGUAUACAGCACGCAUGCUCCAACCGCAUCGGAUACUCCGUCAAGCUCAGAUCCACUGAACGACGGAGAGCGCUCCGACCUAAGCCCGCCUCCUAGCACGUUGGGGGCAACUCCAACGUCCGCGGCCGGAGGUCCACUCACGACUCAAGGAAGCGACAGCUACGUCGGUCCUACCCACUGGGCUUCCAUUCUCGAAAGUAUCCAUGAUAUCCGAGGACUCAUUGACACCGAGGUGGAGGAUCACCCAACCCCUGAGCCUCCCUCGCACAUGCAUACCUCGAACAACGACAUUACAUUUGGGCCUUGCGCUCCCGUGACCAUGGAACAGGCAGUCGCUCGACUGCCUCCCAAGAACUGGACCGAUAGGCUGGUCUUUCUUUACUUUGGAUCGAGGUUCACAGCUGCCCCGUACAUACACACGUCCAAAUUCCAAAGAGAAUAUGAUGGAUUCUGGCGCGAUCCAUCAUCAGUCAGUCUCCUCUGGGUGAGCAUUCUCGCAUCGAUAUUAUUCGUAGCAUCUUCCAUCUCCAUCGUGAAGGGCGAAGACAUUACCAAGGAGACAGACGCGGCACACCCAGACAGAUUGGCAGACCUCGCCAAGGACUGCUUGGUCGCUGGGGACUACCUUUCUGCAAAGCCUUAUUCGAUUGAGGCUUUGUUGCUCCAAGGUUACACGGAGCUUCAAAGGAGGCGAGAGUGCGACUCAAGCUUGUGGGCCAAGUUUGGACUCCUCGUACGCCUAGCCCAGCGCAUGGGGUACCAUAGAGAUCCCAAGUAUCUCCCGAAGGUGACACCCUUUGAAGGCGAACUUCGCCGCCGUGCGUGGUUCUUCAUUGAGGUCUUUGACUGCCUCUUCUCUUUCCAGCUUGGGAUGCCACCAAUUGUGCGUGACGAUGAGUGUGACACCGAGUCGCCGGGCAAUUUGAUUGAUUUGGACUUUGACGAGAACGCCAUGGCACUCCCGCCGCCACGCCCGCUCACGGAGACAACUUCAACGCUUUACCUCAGCUACAAGUCGAAGCUAUGCCGAAAACUCCGGCGCGCCAUACGCUACGCCCUUCUCAUCCAACCACCACCCUAUGAAGAAAUUCUCAAGCUUAACAACGAGAUCCACCAAUAUCACGACCAAAUCCCGUCGAACCUGAGAAUAAGGCCUGUUCGGUCGUACAGUUUCACGGACCAGAGCUUUGACAUCCUACAUCGGCUGAUGCUGGAGUUAAUGUAUUUGAAAAGUCUAUGUGUACUGCAUAGAAAAUACCUCAACAGCGAAAAUGACAAUCCGAGGUACAACCUGUCGCGGAGUACUUGCGUUGAUGCCGCACUGCGGAUUCUGGACCUGCAUGCUGAAUACGAGGAGGAAAGCCGCCCAGGGGGCAGGCUGUACGACGACAAGCACAUGCUCUCAAGUCUGAGCCUGCACGACUUCUUGCUAGCAUCCAUGAUUCUGUGCCUCGACCUGACAGAAACUGUUGCACCCAGCCAUGCGGACCGCUCGAGAAAACUGAAGGCGUUGGGGACAUCGUAUAAGAUCUGGUCUGAAAAGAAGCACAUCUCCCACGACGCGGCCCAUGCCACGCGAGUAAUGGGUGCCAUCCUCCGGAGAGUGUCCAUGCAAGAGGCAAAGACGCCUGCCGCACCACCGCGACCUCCACAACCCGAAGUGCGAGACGGCUCGUUGGCAAGUUUGCUCAACAACGAUACCCAGCCACCUCCAAUGAUGAGUACCCCGAUAGUCGAUCAGUCGCAAUUGAUAUCUGCCAUGGAUUUUUCGCUUGAUGGCCUGGACUCGAUACCAUUGGAUAGUGUAAUGAGCGAUCCGAGCCAAUAUGACUGGAACGUGAUUGAUCAAUACCUGCUCAGUGGCCCUGGGGUUCCCUAG